GUGAAUUAAUAAGCAUUAAACACUGAAGAGUCUACGUGGUCCAUGUAGAUAUCAAGGAGGAUAGGAGCUUAGCAUGCGGAGAAUGCCAACUUGAAAACUUAAGCUUACUAGCUACCUUGGGUUCAUCUGCACUUCGUCUUUUCUGAGGAAUAUGCCCCAACAAAAUGAACUUCGCUGCUGCUUUCUAAAUCAGUCAUCCUUCGUCGUAGAUCCUCUUCCUAAGAUUAGGGAGGCCAAGCUACUAAAGGUUGUCGACGCUGCAGAACACCAUCUGCUUGACAGCGCAGCAGCUCUCGCUCAAAGUGCUGUCCACAUGUCAUGCAUACAAUUAUUCGCAGCAAGGUUAAAUGACGCGUUUAGCGGCAGGAAGUCAAUCUCUCACUCUGACUCCAAUUGCAGUCUUCUAAUCUCUCCACUUCCGCCCCCGCCUGAUCGACAGGUGGCAUGUCGGGGCGGCCUUCCGACUUAUCCCGUCUAGCGUUA